AUGGAACAUAAACAAGAAGUCAAGCAUCAUGAUUUCAAACGGGGAGAGGAUCAUAUCGUUCAUGAAACCGAAGACACAGUGAGCUUUUUUCAUGAUUUCGUUGCCGGUGGGAUUGCUGGUUCGGCAUCGGUCGUUGUCGGCCAUCCAUUCGAUACGCUCAAGGUCCGAAUGCAAACGGCAACGCAAAGGGUGUCACUCAUGUCACUGGCCACUAGCUACGGGGGAAUGGGGUCUCUGUUUCGAGGAAUGUCAGCUCCAUUAGUCAGUGCUUCCUUUAUCAACGCUACAAUUUUUGCCACCUAUGGAUGGUCAUCCAGAGUCUACGACGACUAUUUUCAAGCCACCAGCAUUCAAAUCAACUCGAAUGUCGUGGAUCACGAUUCGACUGUGAAAGCAUUUACCUGUGGGUCCUUUGCUGGAUUAGUGCAGGCCCUCAUCAUUUGUCCGACCGAACACGUCAAAUGUCGGUUGCAAACACAAACCAAAGGGACUGGAUACAAGGGUCCCCUCCAAGCCGCUCGGACCAUUGCGUCUGGACACGGAGUUGGGGGACUGUAUCGGGCUUGGGCUUGUACGUGUUGGCGAGAAAUUCCAGCCUUUGGCUUGUACUUUUCGGGUUACGAUUGGUUCAAGGACAAGAUCAAUGCCGUCUUUGCCGAACAAGCUGGAAUUGACGAGUCACAGGCAGGAAAUAUGAACCAUGCACAUGCUUGGGCGGCAUCCACGCUGUCAGGUGGUAUCACUGGUGCCGUGACUUGGGCGGUCAUUUAUCCGUUUGACAUUAUCAAGACUCGGAUUCAAACGGCACCUUUGGACACUCCACUGGAAAAAAGAAGAAUACUUACCAUUGCCAGGGAUAUUGUCCAAAAACAUGGAGUGGGUCACCUGUUUCGCGGGUUGAAUAUCACUAUCAUUCGGGCUUUUCCGGUCAAUGGUAUCAUUUUUCCCGUCUAUGAAUACAUUCUCAUGAAGAUUGCCGAAUUGGAGCGUGAUUAA